CAGCUGGUCCUUCCACUUUUGCCAUUGGCGUUAGAAAGAGCCUCAAUCAGAGUUGGAGAAAUCUGUGAUGUGGAUUUGGAUUUCCUGGAAGUACUUCAAUAUGAAGCAUGGUGGCAACGCUGGGGCCUGUUUAUAGCCCCUUCAAGUUGGUGUAAAACACGAUGAUGUGUGGUCUGCCUGGUAAAGAGGAGCAAUGCUGAAGAUGGUCACCGCUAGUGUGGGUGGGGCAGCUCCAUUCGCACUGGCUGCCGCGGCGCUCAUUCGGCCAAAUGCUGCGUCGCUGCUGUUCUUGCUGGCCUUUGCUUUCACUCAGUACCGGACAACUAGGCGGGACUGGUACUUGGUGUCCAGUAGUCAAGUGUGGACCUACGUCCUUCUUCUGGCGGCGGGGGUCAUUGUGGCUGAGGUGGCAGUGCAGCUCAGCUACCUGUCGCAGGGGGAAGAGUGGGCGCACUCAAGGGUCGCAAAGUUCUGGCUGUGGCUCCUUGGCUAUGAUGGUCCGGGCCCGUGGCGUGACUCGUCAGUUCUAGCCCUUUCCCUGGGGCCUCAGCUAGGGGUGAUUCUCACAGCAGCUUGUGCACUAUAUAGCGAGCUCCACUAUGCCCCCUGGCGAGCCCGGCGCUUGGCAGCAGACAGCAGCAUGUCCCGCUGGCGGAAGCUGGCCCGCCACGUCGGCUUCCCCGCUGCCGUGCUUCUUGCGGGCGCCCUCCGGCCCUCCCUGGUCGCCGCCCUCUACUUCCUUUUCGCCUGCGUCUCGCUGUCAUGCUGGGCGACUGUGAGGACCUUCAAUGGUUUCUUUUGGGCAUGGCGGCCCCUGUUGCUGUACUGCGGCGCGCACAGCCUUCUGCUGUACCUGUUUCAGUUCCCGGUUGUACAUACCAGCGCGCUUGCGGGACUGGCACAGGACGUGGGCCUCUACCAGAUUGACACGUGGACCUCAGGAGCGUGGCCAGAACUUGGACAGGCUGCCGCACUGCUCCUCCUCUUUGUCAUGUUGUCAGGGGCCAUCAGCCACCGGUUGGCCACGGGCGAGGACGAGCCCCCCGUUUUGGGCUCCCCGUUGAACGGCGUCAGCACCGACGAGGAUGACGUCAGCCCAACCCUGUCGCGGAGCAACUCACUCACGACCAGCCUUCUCGAGCGAGAGAUGGCAAAUGCGCGGGGAGACUCCAGCACGCCGUGGGUGGUUCGGCAGCGGCGAGUGGCUGUGCACUGGCAGGCCCUCCGGAGCUUCUACACGUACGGGUUUCCGCUGUGCCUGGUCGCCCUGGUGACGUGGAGCUUCGUGGACAUUUGCGUGGCGUCCUUCGGCCUGCUCGUCUUCGUGGCCUUCGUCUUCUUCUCCUUCCCGUCAUCCACGCGGCUGCAGCGCACCAACCCCAUCAUGCUCGCGUACAUCCUCCUCUGGACGCUCGCCAUGUACUUCUUUAAUGCAGCCGGUGUACGCGACCCGGACGCGUUUUGGACGGUCAUUGGGUUGUGGCGGUACCAUCGGCCGGGGGGCCUCAUUCUGGCGCAGUUCCUGCUGGCGGGGCUGAUGGCGCUCGACGUCUAUACGCGGAACAUCGUGCUGGAAGGAGACGCCGAAGAGGAGGCGGAAGCAGAUGGCGCACCACAGGGACGGCAGAGCCUGUACCAAGAAGCCCCGCCCCUGCCCGAGGCGCACGGUCACCGUAUCUUCGUGUUUGCGCUGGCCAGCUACUGCAUCCGCAAAAGCGCGCACGUCGGCGCGCUCGUCGUGCUCUUCUUCGUCGGCAUCUCCGCGCUCGACCUGCUGCACGCCAUCUACAUGGUGUUCUUUUUGGUGUACCUGGUAUUCCCGCGCAGCGCCAAGGUGCUCAGCAUCUGGCUCGUGACCUACUGCGAGGUGCACUUCGCCGUGCUGUACCUUUUCCGCCUCGCCUGGUUUCAGGGCCUGCGCACCGACGAGUGGCGGCCCAUCCUAGACGUCAUCGGUCUCUGGCGCCUUUCUGUGCUCAAGGACUUUGCCGGCGUGGCUGCUCUCCUCUGCUUCUCAGCCGUUCAGUACCACGGGGUCCGCAGCCUCAAGCAACUAGAAGGGGAAAACUUUCGCGACCGGAUGGAGAGCCACUGGUCCACCGCCAAGCUAACCGAAAUGGUUAGGACGGUUAACCGCGCCUAUCGUCAAUGGGGGAUCUACAUCGCUUAUGUCACCGCGCUACUAGUCGUCUACACAGUUCCCCACAGCUUCGUCGGCUUCACGUAUCUAGCCUUCCUCCUAACCUGGGUCAUCGCUAACCACGCGGUUAACAACGUGCGGCACUCGCGGUUAUGGGUCCCGUUCAUGGUGUUCCUGGGAGUGGUCGGCGUGCUGCGCUACGUCUUCGGCGCGUUCCCGAGUUUGCUCGCUUACGUCAUGCGGACGUUCGGGCUCUCCCGGGGGGUUAUGCAAGACAUAGGGUUCGACACCGGCUCUGCCCCCCUGAUCGAGAAGCUGUGGGACUGCGCCGUGCUGCUGUGCACGGUGCAAAUGUACCGAUACAACCGGUCGAUAUCCGGCCUGGACGAGGACUCGGUAGAAGACCCCGGGGAAGAGCCCAUCGAGCCAGUCUCCGGAAUCCUCGCGUUCCUCAAGCGCCUGGUGAUAAUCCACGCCCAUAAAGCGGUCGCGUUCGCCGUGUUUUACGCCGCUCUUUCCCCCGUCAGCCUAGUGGGGUUCGUGUACCUUCUCUUUCUAGUCGUCACGUGCCUCCUUCCCAAAACCUCCCAAACCCCGCCGCGAGUGUACAUAAUCUACACGGCCCUCCUAGCGGCCGCCGGAUACCUUUUCCAAAUCCUGGGGCACCAUAUCGCGGGCACGAGGUACGAGCGGCUUCUUGAGUGGAUUGGGUUCGAGGUCUGGGGGGAGGGGUUCUACGCAACCGAAGCCGGUCUCCUUAGCAAAGUCCUAGUUCUUGCCGCCUCAGUACUGCAGCUAGUCAGCCUCGCGUGGCUCGACUCCCUUCCCCCCUCCUUGAAAGGAGACGCUAACGACGUAGAACCGUGCUCGCUCUUCGCUUCCCACGCCGCAAGUGCCGCCCCCUCCGCCCAAACCCCCCCCAGCCUGCGCCCGGUUAACCAACUAACCCCGAUCCGAACCGCCCGGAGGUCGUCCGACACGAAGCUGCUACGGCGCGGGCGUCCGGAAACCGAGCCCCUGCUGGGGGAUCCCCCAACCUCGGAGUCGGGUAAGCGUGCACCAGUCCCGCGAACGCCCCCUGAACCCAGUGAGACCGCGUCGUUCCAGGGGGUUGACGUGGCAGAGACUCCGACGCCCCCUCGGUUGAGCACAAGCAGCAGCGCGGGGGUGCGCGCGCUCAAGUGGGCGCGCCGGGCGCACCAGGCGCUGAAGCAGGAGCGCUACCAGGCGCAGCUGCGCAGUGUGAAGGUGCACCUCAAGCACUGCGCCGAGCACUUCUUCCUCUUCCAGGGCCUGGAGCUCACCAUGCUAGUCCUCCUGUUCGCGGCGUUUGCGGUGCUCAACGUAUUCUCGCUGGUUUACGUGGCGAUACUGGGGGCGUGCGUGGUUAUGGAGAGGCGGAGUGUGCGGCGCGUGUGGCCGUAUCUAGUGGGCUUGUUUGCCGGGAUUCUGUUGGCGGAAUAUGCGAUUCUGGGGGGUCUGCCCUGGGGCAACAACGGGGGGGAGAGGAGCUGUCACGGGUGCUGGGACUGCACGGAGGCGAAUGACCGCCACUGCUGGAUGUGCUGGCUAGGCGCUGCCGCCGACGAGAAGCAGAUGAUUGCGGCCCACUUUUUGGUGUUCCUGCUGGCGGCCUAUCAGCACCGUGUCCACGUGGCACUCGGAGACACGCCCGCAGGGCGCUACCGUCCAGUGCCCAUCUCUGCGGCGAUGAAGGACGCGUGGCGGCCCAUGACGUACGACAGCGUUAACCAGUGGACGUGGCUCGACCACGUGCGCUUCUGGUUCUACAGGCACCUGCUGCUGCUCGUCUUGACACUCGUCUUCGCGACGGGGUCCCUCAACUACGACCUGCUCCACUUCGGCUACCUCGCCUUCUCGCUCGUCUUCUUCCGCAUACGCAGCCAGAUCAUGGACAAGGGGAACGCCAUCCUCAACUUUUUGCGCCUGUACAACUUCCUGCUUAUCAUCGCAUCGCUUAUCUACCAAGCGCCCGCGUUUGAGUACAAAACAGCGCGCUCGUGCAGCCUGCCGUACGACAUCUGGAACAUCAUUGGGCUGUACAAGUACGAGUAUGGCGUGACAAUGAGCGCACAGGGCGCCCUGGUGGACAUGAUUAUCUUCUCCGCGGUCGCCCUUCAAUCUUGGGUCUUCACCACCCCCGAGCACGCCCAGGUGCGCCAGUAUCUAGAGGCGGAAGAGAUGUACGCGCGUGCGCAGGCGCACGAGCGGCGCGCGGACUGGAAGAAGCAGGAGCUCCAGCGGAUCCAACGGACGGAGGAGGUGAAGCGGAACCGGCGGGCGCAGGUCAACAAGAUGAAGAAAGACAUCGUGCAGAUGAAAACGCGGUUAGACUUCCUUAACAGCGCGGUUACGCCGUCCCCGCAGCCGUCGUUUGAGCUGCAAGAACAGCGGGUCGAGGGGAGACCGGCCUCGCGAAAGCUGGACUUUGCUUCCGAAACCCCCCCUCGGGAGCCCAGCUUAGCAACCCCCCCGGGGAGGCGCCCCGAGGGGUUGGCUCUGCAAAGACGGACUCGGAGUAUGGAGAGCGUGCUAGGAACAGACGGGGGGUCGUCUAAGGAAGCGUUCGGCAGUCCGGAAAUAGAACCUGAGGCCCUGUAUGCGGAACCUACGGUCCCGGCGCGGUUAGGCAACGGACGCAUGUCGCAGCUUGACAGGGCCACGUCGGACUCGGAGGUCGCCCGGCGGAACGUCCGGCUGCUUGCCGGGAUGCACUUUCUGGGCGACGGGAUCACGCAGGUGCAGACUUUGGGAAAUCGCGCGCUCGCGAAUCUGGUAGACUAUCUCAAACUAGAUGAGGAACAAGACGAGGCGGAAGGGGAGCUGUUUGGCGCGGUGCCGAUCGUUCACGCGGUUGACGCCGAGGACCCGGUUCUAAACGAGAGCCCCCGACAGCGCGAGGAGAAGCCGAGCGAGAAACCGGCCCCCGCGCUGCGGCGGUCCGGCAGCUGGCCGCGCUCCGUGGGGGAGGAACCGGGGCGGAAAAAGGGGGAGGGCGGCAGCGUUGGGGACUCGAUGCGGCAGCUGGGGAUCAUCGCGGGCUACGUGGCGCGGCUGCUGCGCGCCAACACCCACGUGGUCUGCUACGCGCUUUUCGUCGUCGUGUUCGUGUGGAACUUCAGCCUGCUGACGUCAGCAUACGGCGCGGCGCUGUUCGGGUACGUGCUGCUCGCGAGCCCGGGGCCGGGGGGGGUGUUCUGGCUCGGGGUGCUCAUUUACACCGAGUUCAACAUCCUGGUCCAGUACACGUACCAGAUCCCCGUCAGCAACAGCUGCAAGAUCGUCGACCCCGCGAGCGGGUGGGCCAAGCUCAUCGAAUACUGCGGCAUCCGAAGUUACCAAAACUCGUUCUUCCUGAGCGUGCUCCCGCUCUUCCUCGUCUAUCUCGCCACUCUAGUUCACAGCUCGCUGACGAAACGUGACGGGGAGUGGACGCUCGUCAGCGGGGAUACGAUCUUCGGGUCCCGCAAGCGAACCUCGCGAGACAUUGAAACCGGGUCGAGUUUCGGGUCGGGCCUAACCGGGUUCGCAACCUGGACCGGCUCCCUGCUGCACCGCUUCCGGAUGUUCUGGCAGGGGAUCGUUUCCGGUUGCGAAGCACCCCCCCAUUUCGUCUUACUCACGAUGCGCGUGAGUAAGUGGCCGGAGGGGGGAAUCCAGCCCGAGAGCAUCGAGGCCGGGAUGAACCGGCUGCUGGCGGCCGUUCACACUGAGGGCGCGCGCUUCGGGCCCCGCCGUGUAAAUACCCCCUCCGGGGGAUCCCUCGUCCGCGUCGAGAGCAUCGACCAGUCCCCCGACCGCCCAAACGAAGCCGUGGCUGUUCUCGAAGUCCUCCACGUGGCAGCGCCUCGCAAGCCCGGCAGCAAGGAGACGCUGACGCCCGCCGCUGACGUGGCAGCGGAGGUGCAGAGAAUGCGCGAGGAGAAGCGCGAGCAGGUGUGCGGCUUUCCGUACCCGAUCGAGUCGGUGGUGGCGGGGGGGCGGCGAGAGGUUGACCUAUACGCAUAUGUUUUCUUCGCGGAUAUGCUGAGUUUCUUCUUCGUGGCGCUGUUCUACCAGUCGGCGGUGGGCGCGCACAAGUCGAUCUUUGCGGCGGCUUACGAGCAGGAUCAGUUCCCCAAGGAGUUCGUCUACGUGCUUCUGACGCUCUUCAGCCUGAUGGCCAUCGACCGCAUCCUGUACCUGUGCUCCUUUGCGCGCGCCAAGCUGGUCUACUACUUCGCGUCGCUCCUCCUCUUCACCGGCUACACCGUCCGUCUCUUCUGGAACCCGCGACUCGUCGACGGGCGUAUGACGUUCCAGCUCUUCUUUCUGUUGCGCGCACUUUCUCUCGGCCUCACGGCGACCCAGAUCAAGUACGGCCCGCCGCGGGACUCCGCGCAUGGGCAGUUCCUCAUGCGGCGGGUGGACUAUCUGCACUCGGUCGGGUUUACCAUCUACCGGGUGCUGCCGUUCGUCUACGAGCUGCGGACGGUCCUCGACUGGUCGUGCGCCAACACUGCGCUGAUGCUCUACGACUGGCUCAAAAUGGAGGACAUCUACGCGAGCUUGUACACGGUCACGUGCGACCUGAAAUUGAACCGGGAGCGGCACAAGCUGGGCAGCCGUCAAGAGUUCGCCUACAAGUUCUGGUCGGGGUUUGUGGUGUUCCUCGCGCUGUGCACCACCAUUUGGGCGCCCAUGGUGCUAUUCAGCACGGGCAAUCCGACCAACUACUACAACCCCAUUCAGGACGUCCGUAUGGCCGUGUAUCUAGACACCCAGGAGGGCACGUUCCCCGUGUAUGAGGCCGGGGCGCGCCGGCGCAUCGAGUUCUACAAGCCCGCGGAGGACGCGUUUUUGCAGCCGUUUGAUGUGCACGAAAUUCAGCUCGUGUGCUGCUUCUCGGACGCGGAUGCCAUCUGGCAGGUGCCCCCUCCGACACAGCGCAGCCUGGUCAAGAUUCUCGCGCAGCCCGCCCAGCUGCGCACCGUUUGGACAUUCACCCGCGCGCGUCCGCUGGAAAACGCAGUCGUGGCGAACGGAACGGACUACUCCCGGGAGAGCCCGCAAGAGGUCGCCGACAUGCUCUCCCGCGUGCUCAACGGAACGGCGGAUGCCGCCGGAUUUCCGCACCUGUACCCGAAGUACUUCCGGCUCCCCGGGCUCGGCCCGCCGCGCGCGCUCGAGGGCACGCAGGAUGUGUUUGUGGGCGGCAACCUGACGUUCCACGGCGGCCCCACUCCCUGGUGGUCCUUCGAGCGCUUUCCGGCGGAGGACGACACCGACCGGGACGACUGCCGCCACGAGGGGGGCCCGAUGGCCGUCGCUGUCUCGGAAGAAGUGCCCGGCGGCUUCAUUGGCACCACGCUGUCCAAGUUCGGCCUGGCAGGCUUGUACAUUACGUUUGUGUUGGGCGUUCAUCGGUUAGUCCGGCUGCAGUCGUCCGACUUGAGGAUGAGGAUCCCGUACGAAAACUUCCCGUCAUGUGACAGGUUGGUUGCGAUCUGCGAAGAUAUAUAUGCAGCUCGGGCUGAGGGCGAGUUGGAGUUGGAAGAAGGAUUGUUUUGGACGUUGAUAAAGAUAUAUCGAUCGCCUCACAUUCUUAUGGAGUACACGAAAGCCGAUAAGGUGGAUUGAAUUCAGCUGUCACUACCUGACCGUUACUGACAUCUUUUUGACAACCUGUUCCUAUCAUUGGUCAAACUCUUUGAAGCACUCGACGAGCU